GAUAGGAGAAUAUAAGAGAGCUGAGAGACUCGUAGUUUAAGUUGUAAAUAUUAGUGUAGUAGUAGAUGUUUUGUGAGGGCGAAGAUGGAGGCGGCAGGAGCGCUGGCCAGCUUGGCACCGUCCCCCAUCACUGUGUUGGGUCUGAUACCACUCCUAGCACUAGGAAUUACGUAUUUCAGAUACCAACAAUUCGACCCAGAGUCUUAUAUAUCAGAAGUCAAUACCAUGAUGCCGAUCUACGAUUUUAUAAUAGUCGGGGGCGGCUCAGCGGGUGCGGUGGUCGCGUCACGCCUAUCUGAGAUCGGAAAUUGGACAGUCCUGCUUCUGGAGGCCGGGCAGGACGAGACCGAGAUCUCCGACAUACCAGCAUUAGCCGGCUACACACAACUCUCAGACAUGGACUGGAAGUUCCAAACGACCCCUUCAAACAACCGCUCUUACUGCCUAGCUAUGAAUGGGGACCGCUGCAAUUGGCCUCGAGGGAAGGUUCUUGGUGGUUGCAGCGUUCUCAAUGCAAUGGUCUACGUUAGAGGAAACCGCAAUGAUUAUGACUUGUGGGAAGCACUUGGUAACCCUGGCUGGUCUUACGACCAAGUACUACCCUACUUUUUGAAGUCCGAAGACAACCGAAAUCCAUAUUUGGUAAAUACGCCAUAUCACUCCGCUGGUGGAUUUCUCACCGUCCAAGAAGCACCCUGGAGAACACCCCUGUCUGUCACAUUUAUAAAAGCAGGCAUGGAGCUCGGCUACGAGAAUCGAGAUAUAAAUGGAGCGAAGCAAACCGGUUUCAUGUUAACUCAAGCGACAAUGCGGCGAGGUAGCCGAUGUAGCACUGCCAAAGCCUUCCUACGCCCCAUAAGACAACGGGAGAACCUACAUAUCGCUCUCGGUGCUCAAGUAACACGCAUACUGAUCAAUCCGGUUAAAAAGCAGGCUUACGGUGUCGAAUUUGUACGUAACGGUCAAAAGCAUAAAGUAAGAAUUAAAAGGGAAGUCAUUAUGUCAGCUGGAGCAUUAGCCACACCUAAAAUAAUGAUGUUGAGUGGUAUCGGCCCUGCAGACCAUUUAAAAGAACAUGACAUUCCCGUUAUAGCUAAUCUAAAAGUGGGUCACAAUUUACAAGAUCACGUCGGAUUGGGCGGUUUAACUUUCGUAGUCAACAAACCGGUGACAUUUAAAAAGGACCGCUUCCAAACGUUCUCUGUAGCUAUGAACUACAUUCUAUACGAGAAAGGACCGAUGACGACGCAAGGCGUGGAAGGCUUAGCGUUUGUCAACACAAAAUACGCACCGUCAUCAGGCAAUUGGCCGGAUAUACAAUUCCAUUUUGCUCCGAGUUCUGUUAACUCAGACGGCGGUGAACAGAUUCGAAAAAUUUUGAACUUACGUGAUAGGGUGUACAAUACGGUGUACAAACCAAUAGAGAAUGCGGAGACCUGGACGAUACUUCCUUUGUUGCUGCGCCCUAAAAGCUCAGGUUGGGUUAAGUUAAAGAGUCGGAAUCCAUUUCAUCCUGCGUCUAUAGAGCCUAAUUAUUUCGCUUAUAAGGAGGACAUCAAAGUAUUAACAGAAGGGAUCAGAAUAGCAAUGGCUAUAUCUAAUACGACUGCUUUUCAGAGGUACGGGUCGAGGCCUCAUAAUAUUCCCCUUCCCGGUUGUCAACAUCAUGUGUUGUUUAGUGAUGAAUAUUGGGAGUGCAGUUUGAAACAUUUUACAUUCACUAUUUACCAUCCGACGGGAACCUGCAAGAUGGGUCCCAAGCAUGACCAGGAAGCUGUUGUCGAUCCGAGAUUGCGUGUCCAUGGUGUUGCGAACCUCAGGGUGGUAGACGCUAGUAUUAUGCCCACUAUUAUAAGCGGUAAUCCAAAUGCACCAGUAAUUAUGAUUGCUGAAAAAGCCUCGGAUAUGAUCAAGGAAGAUUGGCUUGUGUUAUGACAGUGUUGUGGUAUAUAAUUUAUUGUAUGUGAACUUAAAAAUACUCAAAAGCUGUUGACAUUACAAAAUACUCCUAGUGUAAUGUUGUACUAGUUUAAUUAAGUCUGUAUAUAGAAUAUGAACAAAUUGUCAUUGUAAGUAACGAGUCUUAUGUACAUGUAAUAAAUAUUACCUAUUAUUAGGAUAAGUACUUAAUAAACGCAAUUUAUUAAUAGAUACUAUGUUUCAUUAAAUUUAAAAAUUUAUUGGAUUAAAUAUGUGGGAGCAGAUUAAU